AUCCGCCAGCCUCGGCCUCCCAAAGUGCUGGGAUUACAGGCGUGAGCCACCACGCCCGGCCACGAGGCAUUAUUAAGGUGACCACACCACUGUCCCCUGCCUUCAGGAUGGGAGGCCUUGUUCUCUGAGCAUCAGUCUCUGGCUACCUUGCCACAUCUUUGACAAUGUCUGCUUUCAAAUAUCACUUUCUCCUUCCUUCCUUCUUUCUGCCGCCUGAAUGAAUCUUUUGUUCUGCGGCAAGCCAAGAGAAAAUGGUAGGAUUGAUUCCCAAGUGUGAAAGGGGGGUGGAAGUGGUGUCUUCCAAGGGGAGUCUGGGUGCCCUGCUGGAGAAGGGAAGAUGCAGCGGGGGAGAGACCUAGAACUGCGAUCAAAGCUACAGCAGCUGCUGGGGCUGGCGGGACAAAGGGAGGAGGGAGGAGCCUGGGCGCUGAGAAAGUUCUUGGGGAAAGUUGAGCUGAGCCAAGAGUCGGGCGGUGGCUGGGGAGGGCGGGAGGGCCCGGCCUGAUUUCCCUUGCUGCUCCCCUUGUGGCCUGGUGAGUGGGAAGUGAAACCAAGGAUAGGACCAGUGGAGGGACCUUCUAAUUUAUGGGAGGAGACGUGAGGGGUUCAUGGGACCCCGGCAGGGGCAACUGACUGGGCAGUCACCAAAGCUGGAGGGGACAGAGGGCUGGGAUCUCCAAUCAUGGGAAGGGAGAGAUGGAUGGAAGGAAAUGAAGGGCUCUGGGUAGGGGAGACGCAGCUGGACCCCAGAGGCUGUGAUCGGGGAGGAAAUUGGGGAGUGAUGCCAGAGGGGGCGGGUCUCCGGGAGUAAAAGUGUGGCUUCUCUCAGCCUGGGGUUACCCCUGGCUCAUCGAAGCAGGGAGCUGUCGGGGCUUGUUGGAGGGGGCUGUGGUCCUUGAUCGUGAGUUGUAAUCUGAAGGGGCGGGGCUGGACUCCUGGUUGAUUAGGAAGCUCGGGCUUGAGAAGGAACUCUACAGUUAGUAUUUGUGCCUUUCUCCAUAUCUUUGUGUCAUAGUCUCUCUGUCUCUCUGUUUCUGUCUGUCUCUCUCUGUGUGUCUGUCUCUCUCUCUCUCUCUCUAUCUCUGUCUCCCUCUCCAGCCCCACCCUUUCAGUCUCCUCCGGGUGCACUGAUAAGGUUGGAAAGUGGCAUGGAGGGUUAAGUCCGGGAAUCUGGGCUUCACAAGUAGCCACACGUCUCCCCCAGCCCCUGUCGCACAUGGGGGUCUGCCCCGUGCUGAGACAGAGGAAAAAGAGGUGCGGGAAUUUAGAACACAGUGGCUCUUGCCCAUUGCAAUGCCACUCCUGGAAGUCCAACCUCCCUUCCUCCUGCCUGGGUUCAUCCACCUGUGUCCUGUCUGAUCCUCAUUCCCACUGUAUGGCUUCCCUUCCUGGCCCUGGGAUAGGGCUCUUCAUCCCCAUCUGUGACACCCAGAGGGGCUCAGGAGGAAGCCAGGGUCCCGACCAUAGUCUGACCUGACUGUCUUAAUGAGCUGAUUGGUCUGAUCUCUCUCUUGCUGGCUGUUUCAUUCAUGAGCUGGGGCUUUUUCUCUCCUUCCCUUCUAAGUCCCCGAAGCUCAGGGACAACUGUAGGUGGGGAGCUGGGGGAAUUGGAGAUAAGACAGUGAUAGAGCAGAGGGAGUAGUUGUGGGGCCACCUAGGACAGUCUGGGUGUAGACCGCAUUCCCAGCCACUCCCCUUCCCUGAAUCAGGUCUCAGCUGCAGCAGGAGAGAAGGUUCACUCUGCGUCUCUCCUUAGACUUCCCUUCUUCCCCCCUCAUUUCCCUCCUAGACGCUGACAGAGGCAAAAAUCUGCUAACUCAGGGGGCAGACUCAACCAAGACUGCAAACAGGCCUGGGGAAUGACCCCCCGAUCUGCAACCGGCGCCUUCCGCGGCUGCACGGCUUUCUCCAGCUGUCUCUGCCCCUGUUCCUGGCCCUGGCUCCAUCCCUCUCUCAUCUCACCCUUCCCUGUGCCACAUGGGCCCUCUGUCUCCUGCCAGGACGCUGCGGCUCUGGGGACCUCGGAGCCUGGGGGUGGCUCUGGGAGUCUUCAUGACCAUUGGCUUUGCACUCCAGCUCUUGGGAGGGCCCUUCCAGAGGAGGCUACCAGGGCCACAGCUCCGACAGCCCUUGGCCCCAUCUCUACGACCAGCCCUUCCGUCCUGCCCACCCCGGCAGCGACUGGUGUUCCUGAAGACGCAUAAAUCUGGGAGCAGCUCUGUGCUGAGCCUGCUUCACCGCUACGGGGACCGGCACGGGCUGCGCUUCGCCCUCCCUGCCCGCUACCAGUUUGGCUACCCAAGGCUCUUCCAGGCCUCAAGGGUAAAAGGCUACCGCCCCCAGACUGGAGGCACCCAGCUCCCCUUCCACAUCCUCUGUCACCACAUGAGGUUCAACCUGAAAGAGGUACUUCAGGUCAUGCCUUCUGACAGCUUCUUUUUUUCCAUUGUCCGAGACCCAGCGGCUCUGGCUCGCUCUGCCUUCUCCUAUUAUAAAUCCACCUCAUCAGCCUUCCGCAAGUCACCAUCCUUGGCUGCCUUCCUGGCCAAUCCUCGAGCCUUCUACAGGCCUGGGGCCCGUGGGGACCACUACGCUCGCAACUUACUAUGGUUUGACUUUGGCCUGCCCUUUCCCCCAGAGAAGAGGGCCAAGAGAGGGAAUCUUCAUCCCCCCAGAGACCCCGACCCCCUACAGCUUCAGGUCUUCCCUUCUGGUGCUGGCCCUCGAGCCCAAACCCUCAAUCCCAAUGCCCUCAUCCAUCCUGUUUCCACUGUUGCUGAUCAUCGUAGCCAGAUAUCAAGCCCUGCCUCUUUCGAUUUGGGGUCUUCAUCCUUCAUCCAGUGGGGUCUGGCCUGGCUGGACUCUGUCUUUGACCUGGUCAUGGUGGCUGAGUACUUCGAUGAGUCAUUGGUUCUGCUGGCAGAUGCCCUGUGCUGGGGUCUAGAUGACGUGGUGGGCUUCAUGCACAAUGCCCAGGCUGGACGUAAGCAGGACCUCAGCACUUUCAGCAACACUGGACUGACUGCAGAGGACCAACAGCUAACUGCACGGGCCCGAGCCUGGAACAACCUGGACUGGGCUCUCUACGUCCACUUCAACCGCAGUCUCUGGGCACGGAUAGAGAAAUACGGCCAGCACCGGCUGCAGACAGCUGUAGCCGAGCUCCGGGCUCGCCGAGAGGCCCUAGCCAAACAUUGUCUGGCAGGGGGUGAGGCUUCUGACCCCAAAUACAUCACUGAUCGCCGGUUCCGCCCCUUCCAGUUUGGGUCAGCUAAGGUUUUGGGCUAUAUACUUCGGAGUGGAUUGAGCCCUCAGGACCAAGAGGAGUGUGAGCGCUUGGCUACCCCUGAGCUCCAGUAUAAGGACAAGCUGGAUGCCAAGCAGUUCCCCCCUACCGUCUCACUGCCUCUCAAGACUUCAAGGCCACUCUCCCCAUAGACAUCAGACUACAGAUUUAGGUGGAAGAGCAGCCAUGUUUGAAGGGCACAUGUGAUGAGUGGGGGGCAGCAAGAUGCCACUUCUGCAUCUCCCAGAAGGGAUGAGUCUUUGUCCUGAUGCAAGCGUCCUCUUUGCUGGGCUCCCAACAGUGCUUUCCUCCUUCACCCUCUACUCAUUUUGUUCUUUCUCCCCGAUUUUUCUUUUUUUUUUAAUUUUUUUUUUGAGAUAGAGUCUUGCUCUGUCCCCCAGGCUGGAGUGCAGUGGCAUGAUCUCGGCUCACCGAAACCUCUGCCUUACGGGUUCAAGC